UCUUGUUUUUGAACCUCGCCCUCACAGAGGCCGUUUCUCAUCAUGCCAAGUCAACAGAAGAAAAUCAUUUUUUGCAUGGCUGGAGUGUUAAGCUUUGCAUGUGCCCUCGGAGUUGUGACAGCCUUGGGGACACCGUUGUGGAUCAAAGCCACUAUCCUCUGCAAAACGGGAGCUCUGCUCGUCAAUGCCUCAGGGCAGGAGCUGGACAAAUUUAUGGGUGAAAUGCAGUACGGGCUUUUCCACGGAGAGGGCGUGAGGCAGUGUGGGUUAGGAGCAAGGCCCUUUCGGUUCUCAUUUUUUCCAGAUUUGCUCAAAGCGAUCCCAGUAAGCAUCCAUGUCAAUGUCAUUCUCUUCUCUGCCAUCCUUAUUGUGUUAACCAUGGUGGGGACAGCCUUCUUCAUGUACAAUGCUUUUGGAAAACCCUUUGAAACUCUGCAUGGUCCCCUAGGGUUGUACCUUUUGAGCUUCAUUUCAGGCUCCUGUGGCUGUCUUGUCAUGAUAUUGUUUGCCUCUGAAGUGAAAAUCCACCACCUCUCAGAAAAAAUUGCAAAUUAUAAAGAAGCGACUUAUGUCUACAAAACACAAAGUGAAAAAUAUACCACCUCAUUCUGGGUCAUUUUCAUUUGCUUUUUUGUUCAUUUUCUGAAUGGGCUCCUAAUACGACUUGCUGGAUUUCAGUUCCCUUUCACAAAAUCUAAAGACACAGAAACAACUAAUGUAGCUGCAGAUCUAAUGUACUGAAAGGCAAACCUUUCUAUAAUUUUACAAGGGGGUAGACUUGCAUUGGUCA